UCUCCAAGACCUUCUCUACUAGUGAUGGCUUAUACACAACUCAUGCUUCUCAUCUCUUGCACUCUCUUCUUGCUCAUGUCGGGCAGCAUCACUGCCCAAGCCGUUGCCUACUCAUGUACUUAUCUUUCAUUAGAUAAUCAAACCACAAAUAGCAGCAAAUACCUAGCCAAUCUCAACCUCCUUCUCCUUUCUCUCUCCUCUAAUUCUAAUGCUACCUCUGGUACCGGAUUCUAUAACACCACCACCGGUAAUGGCUCAGACAAAGUCUAUGGUCAGUUCCUAUGUAGAGGUGAUAUCACAGUCAAAGAUUGUCAGACCUGCGUCGAAACCGCUGGUACCGGUAUCAAAUCAGUUUGUCCCAACAUGACUGCAGCAGUAGCUUGGUAUGAUAAUUGUAUGUUACGUUACUCAAAUGAAUCCUUCUUCUCAAUUUUAGAACAAGAACCAUUUCGUUAUGCUCCUGCUCCAAAUAACUUAACCAAGUUGGAUCAGUAUAACACCACAGUGGGAAAUUUGCUUCAUCGGCUAGUGAAUCAAUCUGUUUAUGUUGCUUCUACUACUACUCCCAAGUAUUAUGCUUCAGGUCAAGUGAGCUACUAUUCAGGGUUUGAUAAUCUCUAUGGGUUAGUGCAGUGUAACCCUGAUAUAACUCCUACUGAGUGCAAUUCUUGCUUAAUUGGGAGUGUUAAUCUUGAUAUUCCAAGGUUAUUGUAUCCGAAACAAGGUGGGAGGAUUCUUAAACCAAGUUGUAAUGUAAGGUAUGAGUUCAAUAGUCCUUUCUAUCAACCAUCUACAACUCCUGCAAUUGCUCCAUCCACCAAUACAACGGUCACUGCUACUGGUAAUAAUGGAGGUAAUAGGAGAAAAUCAAUAACUAUCAUUGUCCUUGUUAUUAUUAAUGUUGCGACAUUUAUUAUAAUCGUAAUCAUCUCCAACUUCUAUCGACGUCUUCAAAAGAGGAAGCUCAAACUUGAUGAAGAUUACCAUAAUGACAUGACAUGGGUUGACUCCUUACUAUUCAACUUGGAGACAAUAAAAGCUGCCACAGAUAAUUUCUCUGAUGAAAAUAAGCUCGGACAAGGAGGAUUUGGAACUGUUUACAAGGGUAUUCUUUUGGAUGGACAAACGGUGGCUGUGAAGAGGCUCUCAAAAACUUCUGAACAGGGUGAAAUAGAGUUUAAGAAUGAGGUUAAAUUAGCAGCCAAGUUGCAGCACAGGAAUCUUGUUAGGAUCCUUGGCUUCUGCAUAAAAGAAGAAGAGAAACUGCUCAUCUAUGAAUUUGUGCCAAAUAAAAGUCUUGAUCACUUUAUUUUUGAUCCAAUCCAACGGUCACAAUUGGUUUGGGAAGAACGUUUCAAAAUCAUUGAAGGCAUUGCUCGAGGGCUUCUUUAUCUUCAUGAAGAUUCUCGAUUAAAGAUUAUUCAUCGAGAUCUAAAAGCUGGCAAUAUUUUGUUAGAUGAGGAGAUGAAUCCAAAAAUUGCAGAUUUUGGCAUGGCAAGGCUCUUUGUAGUUGACCAAUCUCGAGCCAAUACUAAUAGGAUUGUUGGAACAUAUGGAUAUAUGGCACCAGAGUACAUACUUCAAGGGCAAGUCUCAGUUAAGACAGACGUGUUUAGUUUUGGAGUCUUACUACUAGAGAUAGUGAGCGGUCAAAGAAGCAGCAAUUUAGAUCAAUCAGAUGGGAGCAUGGAAGGUGGCCUUCUCAGCUAUGCAUGGAAAAAAUGGACAGACGGUACAGCUUCAGAAUUGAUAGAUCCAACUUUGGGAGAAAAUUAUGACAGGUCUGAAGUGAUUAGGUGCAUUCACAUUGGAAUAUUAUGUGUUCAAGAAAGUGCAUCUAACAGACCAUCCAUGGCCACUGUUGUUAACAUGCUCAAUAGUUACUCUGCAUCUCUCCCAUUGCCUUCAUCGGCAGCCUUUGUAAUGGGUAGCUCAAUUCAUUUAGGGGAAUUUUCCACAGAUGAUUCAAGGGUAACAAAAUUAGGUCUAUCCACAAGAAAGUCAGAAAAAAAUUCCAUAAAUAAAAUGUCAAUUACUGACUUAUCUGGUCGAUAGUGCUGGUGAAGGAAGAACAUUUACUACAAGUUGUCUGAUAUCACAUGGAUGCUUUGUUUUACCAGACUUGAGUUACUUAGUCAGUGAACAAGAAGCUAAAUUUUGUGCUA